GGAUCACCUCUACCGGGGGCAUCCCAUAACGCCGGCGUGGUUCUGCAUUUUUCCUGACAGGCAAGGUGUGGAGCCGCCCUCUGCAGCCCACCCUCGCCCAGGAUGCGGCUGGGCCGCCGUGCCCUCUGCGCGCUGGUCCUGCUGCUCGCCUGCGCCUCGCUGGGGCUCCUAUACGCGAGUACCCGGGACAGCGCAGGCCCCCGGGCACCUCUCGGGUUGUGGGCGCCUCCGCAGGGCCCCCAAAGGCCGGAGCUGCCGGACCUGGCCCCAGAGCCCCGCUACGCACACAUCCGCGUCAGGAUCAAGGAGGAAGUGGUGGGGAGCCAGUCCCCUGCUGACCAGCUGCUCAUAGCCCCUGCCAACUCCCCCCUACAGUACCCCCUGCAGGGAGUGGAGGUUCAGCCCCUGAAGAGCAUCUUGGUGCCAGGGCUGAGCCUGCAGGCAGCUUCUGGUCAGGAGGUAUACCAGGUGAACCUGAGCGCCUCCCUAGGCACCUGGGAUGUAGCAGGGGAAGUGACUGGAGUGACUCUCACUGGAGAGGGGCAGCCAGAUCUUACCCUUGUCAGUCCAGGGCUGGACCAACUCAACCGGCAACUGCAACUGGUCACUUAUAGCAGCCGAAGCUACCAGGCCAACACAGCAGACACAGUACGGUUCUCCACAGAGGGACAUGAGGCUGUCUUCACUAUUCGCAUAAGACACCCCCUCAACCCGCGCCUGUAUGGGCCUGGAUCUCUAACCCAGGGAGCCCAGUACAACAUCAGCGCUCUGGUCACUAUUGCCACUAAGACCUUCCUUCGUUAUGAUCGGCUACGGGCACUCAUCGCUAGUAUCCGACGCUUCUACCCAACUGUCACCGUGGUCAUCGCUGACGACAGCGACAAGCCAGAGCGUGUUAGCGGCCCCCACGUAGAGCACUAUCUCAUGCCCUUUGGCAAGGGAUGGUUCGCAGGUCGGAACCUGGCCGUGUCCCAAGUAACCACUAAGUACGUGCUGUGGGUUGACGAUGACUUUGUCUUCACUGCGCGUACGCGGCUAGAGAGGUUGGUGGACGUGCUGGAGAGGACGCCGCUGGACCUGGUAGGGGGCGCGGUGCGCGAGAUCUCCGGCUACGCCAACACUUACCGGCAGCUGCUGAGCGUGGAGCCUGGCGCUCCCGGCCUCGGGAACUGCCUCCGGCAGAGGCGUGGCUUCCACCACGAGCUCAUCGGCUUCCCAGGCUGCGUGGUCACCGAUGGCGUGGUCAACUUCUUCCUGGCGCGUACUGACAAAGUGCGGGAGGUCGGCUUCGACCCGCGCCUCAGCCGCGUGGCACACCUGGAAUUCUUCCUGGACGGGCUUGGUUCUCUUCGGGUCGGCUCCUGCUCUGAUGUCAUUGUGGAUCAUGCAUCCAAGUUGAAGCUGCCUUGGACAUCAAGGAAUGCCAGAGCAGAGACUUAUGCCCGCUACCGCUACCCAGGAUCCCUGGAUGAAAGUCAGAUGGCUAAACACCGCCUCCUGUUCUUCAAACACCGGCUGCAGUGCAUGACCUCAGAGUGAUGGUCACCAGGGCUUUCCAACAGUCAGGCUGGGCCUGCCUCCUUGUUUCUGCUGGGGAGUUCCAACAAACCCCACCGCCGAGAAAGCACCCCACUGUCCUCACCCUUCCCCUUCAGAACCUGAUCCAAAACAGGGACUUGUCCUGGUGACAUCCUCCUUUCCCAGAGUGCCCAGGGGCCAGAUGGAGCCAUAACAUCUCCCAUAGCCAGUGCCAAGUCCUCUCCCCCACCCCAUUCUCAUGGGGCAGCACAUGGGGUGGGGGGUUACUAUCAAGUGCCAAAGAGUUCAGGGGGACUCUAAG